AUUGUGGCUGUCAUUGGAGCUGUUGUUGAUGUUCAGUUUGAUGAAGGCCUUCCACCUAUUCUAAAUGCUCUGGAGGGCCAGGGCAGGGACACCAGGCUGGUUCUAGAAGUGGCUCAACACUUAGUUGAAAACACUGUUCGUACCAUUGCUAUGGAUGGUACUGAAGGUUUAGUCAGAGGGCAAAAGGUUCUCGAUGCUGGCACACCAAUUAGAAUUCCUGUGGGGCCUGAGACCCUUGGAAGAAUUCUGAAUGGUGAACCCAUUGAUGAAACAGGCCCAAUUGCAACAAAACAGUUUGCUGCUAUCCAUGCUGAGGCUCCUAAAUUUGUAGAAAUGAGCGUUGAGCAAGAGAUCCUGGUCAAUGGCAUUAAAGUGGUGGACCUUUUGGCUCCAUAUGCUAAAGGAGGAAAACAUGGUUUAUGUGGUGGUGCUGGUGUGGGUAAAACUGUACUGCUUAUGGAGCUGAUCAACGUAGCUAAAGCUCAUGGAAGGUUUGCUGGUGUGGGAGAACGUACCCGUGUAGGAAACAAUCUUUACCAUGAAAUGAUGGAGUCUAGUGUCAUUAACCUGAAGGACAUAACAUCAAAUGCAGUCCUGGUAUAUGGGUAG